UUUGAAAUUAGGCAGAAAAAGGUAUAUAAACGAGACACGGCCUGAGCAGCGCAGCCUAAAUAUCUCUUCGACGAAAUACUAUGACAGCGAAUUAUUGAGAAAUGGAGACCUGUGAUCGAUGCAAGAAACAAGUACCGGGGGUGAAUUUUGUGAUGCAUAUUGCGCACUGUACGAGAAACACAGAGAUAUGCCCGAUUUGUGGCGAAUUCUACCCAAAAUCUAGCAGCAAGGAACACAUAGAUGAGUAUCACAAAGAAAUCUCUUGCGAAUUGUGUGGGGACGUAGUGGAAUCAAAAGCUAAACUUACCGAGCACGAAUCGCAUUGCUCGAAACGGAAGAUUUGCUGCGCUUUUUGUGAACUUUCGAUGAAUAGAAACGAACUGGAGGAACACGAAGACUUCUGUGGUUCCAGGACUGAGAAAUGUGCGUCCUGCAACAAAUUUGUCCUGCUGAGAGACCAGCAAAAUCAUUGCUGUAUCGAGAACUCUACACCGAACCAGAGCCAAGAUGAUGUGUUGCUUCCGUGCGAGUUUUGCGAAAAACUGGUACGCUCAGCGGAUCUGCUAUAUCACCAAGAAUCAUGUGCAAACCCAGAAGUGCAACUACCUCCAGAAAUCAUUGAUUUAACCGAAGAUGCAGACAAUACCGGGGAGCUAUCUAAUAAUAUUGUUGACUUGACUGAAGAAGAAGAAGAGGAAGAAGUUUUGACUGAUAAUAAUGUAGAUGUUACUGACAGUGCUGAGGGUGGUAAAGUGAGGUCUAGAUCCCCAAGUCCUGUAUGUGCAUUGCCAUGUGAGGUAUGUGGAGAGCUCUGCCCCGCUGAUCGGCUCAUUGAGCAUCAAGAUGCCUGUCUGCGCCAGAGUAAUUCAGAUGACUCCCAGCAGUCUGACAGUGAUGAUGUUACCAUGGCAGCACCCAAUGUGUGGGACAGCACCCCAUUCUAUGGCCGCGCCUUUCCUAGACAUGCAACUUUGGCAGAAUUCUUUGAUGAUGAUUGGUUUGUGCACAGGCGGUGGAAUCCUGGGUUUGGAAUAGACAUUAUGAACAGAAGUGCAGAUCCAUUUGAUAUAAUGUGGAGAAAUAUGCAAAGAUCAAUGUUUUAUAAUAUGUAGCUCUACAAAUACAGGAAGAUUUACUUUUGUUAUUAGGUAAUAGGUGUAUUCUAAAAGGUUGGCCUUAAAUUCGCAAAAAAUGACCUGAUUUGUCUUCAUGCAAUUAAAAGGAAAAUCAAAUAUUAAAAAAGAAAACAACAAUGUCAUAGAUUGAAGUUGUAUUUGAUUAGAUUAAAGUACAUAGCCAAUUUCAACAUGAAAUAAAGAGAGCUGUAUAUUUGA